UCCAUUCCAUGGGUAUAACCAUGCCUGUGGGGUUGGCAGUUCUUAAAGUUUAGCAAGUCUGCGAGUAACUACAGAACACAAUAGAGUCCCCCUCCCUUCCUCUCUCUUUUUUUUCUUUUCCUGCUUCCAAAUGCCUUCUUCGAGGCUGAAGCUGGGCUGGUCUCCAAAGGUGUAGCAGCCACAACAAUCCCGCAGUUCAAAGUUAAGCAGCAGUUGCACAACUCCCAGCAGCUCUCUUGCCGGCUACUAAUGAGCUGAAAGCCAGGAACGUCUGAGGAGGUGAAGAGGAAGCUCCCAGUCCUCCCCCUCUUCACCCUAGAAAUCCAGACAUCCCCGCCCCCCACCCUCAGAUAACUUUGAGAUAGGGUCCUUGCUGUUGGCUUGCCUGGCGGACCAUGGCUCCCUUUGGAAGAAACUUGCUCAAGACCCGGCAUAAAAACAGAUCUCCAACUAAAGACAUGGAUUCAGAAGAGAAGGAAAUUGUGGUUUGGGUUUGCCAAGAAGAGAAGAUUGUCUGUGGGUUAACUAAACGCACCACCUCUGCUGACGUCAUCCAGGCUUUGCUUGAGGAACAUGAGACCACAUUUGGAGAGAAACGAUUUCUUCUGGGGAAGCCCAAUGAUUACUGCAUCAUAGAAAAGUGGAGAGGCUCAGAACGGGUCCUUCCUCCACUGACUAGAAUCCUGAAGCUUUGGAAAGCAUGGGGAGAUGAGCAGCCCAAUAUGCAAUUUGUUUUGGUCAAAGCAGAUGCUUUUCUUCCAGUUCCCUUGUGGCGGACAGCUGAAGCCAAAUUAGUGCAAAACACAGAAAAGCUGUGGGAGCUCAGCCCCGCAGACUACAUGAAGACAUUACCACCAGAUAAGCAGAAAAGAAUUGUCAGAAAAACUUUCCGGAAACUGGCUAAAAUUAAGCAGGACACGGUUUCCCAUGAUCGAGAUAGUAUGGAGACGUUAGUUCAUCUGAUUAUUUCCCAGGAUCAUACUAUUCAUCAGCAAGUCAAGAGAAUGAAAGAGCUGGAUCUGGAAAUUGAAAAGUGUGAAGCUAAGUUCCACCUCGAUCGGGUGGAAAAUGACGGAGAAAAUUAUGUCCAGGAUGCAUAUUUAAUGCCCAGUUUCAUUGACGUUGAGCAAAAGCUAGGCUUGCAGUAUGAUGAAAACCAGAUUCUGGAGGACCUGAGUGAAAGUGAUGGAAUUGUACAGCUGGAGGAACGACUAACAUAUUACAGAAUGCUCAUUGACAAGCUCUCCGCUGAAAUCGAAAAAGAGGUAAGAAGUGUUUGCACUGAGAUAAUUGAAGAUGCAGAAGGGGCAGCUGCCGGUGAACUUGAAAGCUCUAAUUUAGAAAGUGUUAAGUGUGAUUUGGAGAAAAGCAUGAAAGCUGGUAUGAAAAUUCACUCUCACUUGAGUGGCAUCCAGAAAGAGAUUAAAUACAGUGACUCAUUGCUUCAGAUGAAAGCAAAAGAAUAUGAACUCCUGGCCAAGGAAUUCAAUUCACUUCACAUGAGCAACAAAGAUGGAUGCCAGCUAAAGGAAAACAGAGGGAAGGAAUCUGAGGACCCCAACAGCAGUGGGGAGAUUCCUCCCUUUACUCAAAGAGUAUUUAAUGUGAAUACAAAUGACACAGACUCGGACACUGGCAUCAGCUCUAACCACAGUCAGGACUCGGAAACAACUGGACCAGACGUGUUGCUGUUGUCAACGUAAUUCGAAUGGCUUCUUUCUGAUCUAUUUUAAUGUUGUUCGUGUUUGUUUAAUUUAACAGGAGACUUUAUUUUAAAUAUUACAUUCUGAAAAAAAUGUAAAUCAUGUUCAAGUAUUCAGUAGUUAAUAAAAACUAUAGAAAUUUGUAAUUUGUUUUUGA